UUGGUUUUUUUUUACCUAACCUGGUUGUCGAUAAGUUUCGUUGGAUGGGUAUAUAAAUUGAACACAAAAAAACAAUGACCAAUAUCAUAAUUGAAAAAGUGAAAAACAAAAACAAAAAUGAUGAUGUUAAAAGCAAUCGUUUUAUUUGGCAUUUUGUCUAUCGUUUUGGGCCAGAUGAACAUCGGUACUGGUUCCGGUGGCUUUGUUGGUCAUCGAAUUGUUUCGAGUGGAGGUUUUACUGGUAAUUCUGGUUUGUUAUCAGGUGGUGGAUUUGUUGGUCAUCAAAAUGUUCCAAUGGUUACAAGUGGUGGUUUUGUUGGCCAUCGUAGUAGCAUUCAAUCAUUUCCUUCAAAUGGACGAUUUUUUUAUUCAUCACCAAUUGGAUCAUCCAGAAUCAUGCCAAAUUCAAUUUCAUCAGCUCCAUUUCGAUCAUCGAUUUAUUCACCAGUUCCGAUGAUUGCCACCGCACAACCAUCAAUGCCAGUAUUUCGACGAUUUCGUCGUAGUAUUGAUGGAAUUCGUAAUUAUGAAGGAUCACAAACAGUAUACUAUGGUACUGAACAACAAAGCGUUCAACAACCAAAACAAUUAUCAUCAUCAUCAUCAUCAUAUGGUCAAUCAUCAAUGAGUGGAUAUAAUUAUGGUGCCUCGGUUGAAGCCAAACCAAAACAAUUAUCAUCAUCAUCAUAUGGUCAAUCGUCAAUGAGUGGAUAUAAUUAUGGUGCAUCGGUUGAAGCCAAUCCGAAACAAUUAUCAUCAUCAUCAUCAUAUGGUCAAUCAUCAAUGAGUGGAUAUAAUUAUGAUACAUCGGAUGAAACCAAACCAAAACCAUAUCAAUUUUCAUUACAAAGUCAAGAUGAUGGUACUGGUACUGCUAAUUGGUAUCAACAAGAACAAUCAAAUGGUGAUGGUGUCAUUGUUGGAUCAUAUACUAUUCAAGAUCCUGUAACCGGUACUAUGAGAAUUGUAAAUUAUCGUGCCGAUGAUGAUGGAUUUCAUGCAGAAAUUCAAUCAAAUGAACCAGGUGUUGUUGAUUCUAAUCCGGCUGAUGCAUCCAUACGAACAAUCCAAAACAAUGUUGGUUCAGUUCGUUCGGAUUAUUCCGCUGUUAGUGGUGUAGCCAGUAGCUACAAUAAACCACAACAACAACAACAAUAUAAACAAAAAUCUUAUGGUGUAUCAUCAACUUAUUAAAAAUUGUUUUAUUUGAAUAAUCCAAAAAUCUUUUUUUAUAAUAUUAAAUCGUUCAUUCAU